AGAAUGGACUUCUUUUUCAAUGAAUGCUGUGGUGACUUGAGUACAACACAUGAAGCAUUCCAGAAAAGGGCCACUUUUGAAGUCAGCGGUGAAUCAGAGGUUUUCUGACCCUCUCCAGUGCCUUCUAUGAAAAAGAGUUCAAAUCUGGCUUCAGUUUGUCCCUUACGCUUUUCCGGAAUCCCUCGACAUUCCCUGCUCUUUUCCCGGGCACCGUAUGGCCUGUGACAUUUGCUGGGACUCACACACGGCGUCCAACCUCCUUGCUCCGAGCGAUGACUCCUAGGAACUUCCCAAGUACCAGAGCGAUGCAGGCUCUGACACGCGAGGGCGGGGGGCGGGGUGGGGGUGGGGGAUGAACGGGGAAGCGGAAGGGAAGAAGAGAGAGAGGGGACCUGGGUGUAGAGAGGGCCCAGGGCAGUAUGAGCCAAGCUAGGGUGGAGCAAGGGGUUCGUCUCAGCAACGUGAUCGGUUCAGCCUUUCCCUCCCUUCAACGCUCCAGUGGUGCUGCUGGAACUCGGAAGACUGCUAGACAGACAUCCUCUAGGGCGCUCUUCCUGACUGUGCUUUUAAGCACUCUUUUCUGGAUCAACAAUAGUUUGCUAGUACAAAUCCAAGCCCACCAUCUCGUUGCUUCUCCUGUCUCUAACACCUGUGCCCGCGCUCAGGCCCCAGGUGACAGACGUUUUCCAGUCUACACUGCGCGGGGCUAAGCCUCUGGGAGGCAGAGCUCACGAAAGCAUGCGCCCUCUCUGGGAAAGCUGAGCUCAGGGCAGCAUCCUCUCCGUGCCCUCACCGCUGCGCACCCAGCAGCGCCAUCUCCUCAGGUUUAACGCUGGCUUUAAGAGUGGGACUGUGAAGGUGGCUGGGCACUGGAAUUUGUGGUUUUAAAAGUUGUUGACACCUACUAGAAAGUGCUAGAGGACCUUUCAGCCCCUAAGGUACCCCUAGUCACCAAGAGUAGGCGCUUUUCCUGAAAUUGAUAUGAGAAUUUGAAAAGUAGGAUUUUUGAGAACAAGGCACAUCAGAUCUUUCCCCAUUUAUUUCAACCUGUUAUCGUUCCUGCCCCUAAGGUUCUGGUCACGGUUGCACAUUUAAUGCUUUCACAUGGAAGUGCUGUUGAAGACUGAGACUGCACCCACCCUCCAAAGCAUCCCGUAAGUAAGCACAGUUUCUUACUAGCCAAGGAGAAGGGAAAGCAUUAGUUGAAAGCAGCCACACGAAAUUCUCAAAGAUGUUCAGGAUGCAUGGGACAGUAUGCAAGGACUCCAAAUCCUUACAGUGGCUGCUGGUUUCAGAAGGUGUUUCUCCCAAAUAAUAGAAAGGAUUGGUCACUGAAACACCCUGUGGGAGAAAGACACUGGUAUCUAUUUCUUAAAGGACAUUAACACAUAUAAAGAGUUUAAGGCAAAGUAAAAAGGAGGAAGUUUCUUUCAGGAAAUUCUUCAUCUUUCAACUUGUAGGGCUGGUGCUAACUUAUGACUUCACUAACUGUGACUUUGAGAAGAUUGAAGCAAACUAUCUCAGUACUAUUUCUAAAGACCUGAUUACAUAUAUGAGUGGGACCAAAAGUACCGACUUCAACAACACUGUCUCCUGUAGCAAUCGGCCACACUGCCUUACUGAAAUCCAGAGCCUAACCUUCAGUCCCAUCCCCGGCUGCGCGUCGCUCACCAAGGAAAUGUUCGCCAUGAAAACUAAGGCUACCCUCGCUCUCUGGUGCCCAGGCUAUUCGGAAACUCAGAUAAAUGCUACUCAGGCAAUGAAGAAGAGGAGAAAAAGGAAAGUCACAACCAAUAAAUGUCUGGAACAAGUGUCACAAUUACUAGGAUUGUGGCGUCGCUUCAUUCGAACUUUACUGAAAAAACAGUAAAUCAUCUUUAUUAUGGUCAUAUUUCAGAGCACCAAAAUAAAUCAUCUUUAUUAAGUAGAUGAAACAUUAACUCUAACUGUGACACAGAAGAUCACAAAUAGUUAUCUUUUAAUUACAGAAGAGUUUCUUAACUUAUUUUUCUAAGUUUUUAUUGUUUAAUAUAAAUUUAUAAUGCAGGGGAAGUAUUAUUCCUCAAAUGUUGAGGGAAGCUUCCAUAACAUUGAUGACUGGCUUCAUGGCAGUAAUUCUCAGCCAUAAUUGCAUAAGCAUUACUCAAGAGGAAAAUCCAAAAGUGUAGCAGGAGAACUCUUUUCCUUGAAAGAGGAAAAAUAUUGAACUAAAUGAUAGCACCUAAAUUUACGUUUAAAAGGCAGACACUCCUUCUACAUGUAAUGACACUUCUUGUGUUAAACUAAAAAUUUACAAGAGCAGAAAAUGAAAGCAAAUGGGGUUUCACAAAUAGCUGUAAAUAUAGUGAAGCAAUUUGAAAUAAUUUUCAAGCAAAAUAUUGUGAAAGUAUUCUAAGCCAAGUUUUAAAUAUUAUCUAACAGACAAGAGUGGUAUAUAAUAAGUAGAUCCUGAGAAGUACCUUUGCCACAGCUACUAUAAAUAUAUAUAGAGAGAAUGUACUUUAAUUUAUUUUGUGAAUGCUUUUGAAAAUGUAUAUGUUCCUUUGUAAUUGACAUUAUAUAUUUCUUAAUAAAAUAAUUCCCAAAUUUG